UAGUAAGUGGUAAAAGUAUAAAUUAUAGAGAAAUCGUUUGGCUAUAAGAACGCUCUCAUCUCAUCUGCUAUCCCUACGCCACCGACCUCUCAAUCCCCAAAAUCUUCUACAAAUGAUAACAACUCUUCCUCUUUCUCUCUCCUCCUCUUUCUCUCUCUAACACACUCACACAUCCUUCCUUUUCCAUACCCGUUUUCUUUUCUCAUCAAUCAUUUUAUUCAUUCCUUCUUCCAUGGAUAACACUAACCAUAAUCACAAUGAUAAAAACAAUAACACCAACAAGAUUAACAAUAAUUACACCAACAAUAGUACUAACAAUAAUCCCUCUCAUUUCUCUUCCGAUUCCUCCGCCGCAGAAACCACCGCAACCGCCGGAAACAACCCGAACAACAGAGAUCAAUUUCUAAGACAUCUGAAUAAACUAUCACACAAGAUCUCUAAACCCAGUACCCAAAACCUCCCACCUUCUAACCUAGCAAGUUCCGGUGCUUCCAAUUCUUCAACGUUCAGAAAACCACCCCAUGAACCGCCGCUACUACCCCCAGUUCACCCACCACAACAACAACAACCCCCAGUUUACAACAUCAACAAAAGCGAUUUCCGCGAUGUUGUUCAAAAACUUACCGGCUCACCAGCUCAUGCCGCGGCGGCUCCGGCGCCGCCGCCGAUUCACGCGCCCAAGCCGGCUUCUUCCCGGCUUCAGAGAAUCCGACCGCCGCCAUUAGCGCAGCUUAGUCCUCGUCCUCCUUCGAUGCUAAGUUGUGGGGUCAACCCUCAUUCUCCUCUUCCACCACUCCCAACGUGCCACGCGGCAGCUGAGAGUCCGAUCUCGGCGUACAUGAGAUUUCUUCAUAGCUCCGUUGAUUCCUCCUUUAAUCGGACGGGUCAGAUGUUGCCACCUCCUUCUCCGCCGCCGGCGGAUUUUACGACGGUUCUUCCCCCUUUUGGGUUUUUGCCGUCGCCGAAGUCGCCGUGCCCUUUUGUUCCUCCGAAUAUGAUAUUUUCGCCGACGGGAAAUAGUCCGUUAGGGUUUCCGUUUUCGCCGACUGUUCCUGGUGUUCCUAGCCCUAAAUGAGAGGAAUUUUGAGGUGCUGAAGGUAAAUUUUCUAGGAAAUUUUUUAUUUCAUUAUAAAAUUUAUAUAUAAAUUUAUAGAUUUCAUGUGAUCAUUGCCCAGAAAUGUAUGAAGAAGGAAUUGAUAGAAUUUAGUUUUGUGGUUUUUGUUGGUUAAAGUUAGGGAUGUGCAAUUGUGCAUAUGUUGGAUGAUGAUGUAAAUGGAGUAGUGAAGAGGAGACUUUGAUAUUUAGAUGUUAAUGGAAAGAAAAUUUGACUACAGUUUUUUUGGUGAAA